AAGUGAGUAGUUUUUUUAAAAUCCCCUUUAAAAAAAUAAAAGAAUUUCAUUGGCUGCUUUCCCCCAAAUCGUCCUCCCCCAGGCCCAACAAAUUUGAAAUCACGAAGUGCUUUGUCCAAGACUUUCUCGUUUGGAAAUGCAAAAAAAAAACCUUUAAAUAGGCGGCCAUAAAUAUCGAAUUAUACUUUUUGAACUUACUUUACUUGCACUCUAAUAGACAUCCCUUUAAAUGUCUACAACUACUACAAUGACAUCUCCCGUAAAGGUGGAUAAGUACCCUCCUUACGCUUACACGCCAACAGAGGAUCGUCAGCUUCCUUUAGCCAACCCUGCUAUGCCUCCACUGUUUGAUGAACCGACUACCCUUCAAAAUUUUGUCAGUCACGUAAACUGGUUCCAAAGUAUCCUGUUGUUCUCUACGCCUAUCUUGGGUGCCUACUUGGCUUCGCAAACCGAGUUACAAACUAAAACACUCUAUUGGUCCCUUAUAUAUUAUUUGAUAACUGGUUUGGGUAUUACUGCAGGUUAUCACCGUUACUGGGCACACAAAUCCUAUGAUGCUACGAGUAUUACUCGUGUUGGUCUUGCUUUGGCUGGUUCAGGUGCUUUCCAAGGUUCUAUUCAUUGGUGGUCUCGUGGUCAUCGUGCCCAUCAUCGCUGGACUGAUUCUGAUAAAGAUCCUUACGCAGCUACCCGUGGAUUUUUUUUCUCACAUAUUGGAUGGAUGCUGAUUAACAGGCCGAGUAACAGAAUCGGAUAUGCAGAUACUGCCGACUUAAAGAAAGAUCCUCUUGUUCGUUUCCAACAUAAGCACUAUAUUUAUUUUGCUGUCUUUAUGACCUUUAUUUUUCCAAUGCUGGUUGCCGGUAUUUUCUGGGGAGAUUGGAAGGGUGGUUUUGUUUACUCCGGUCUUUGUCGUCUUGUGUGCAUCCAUCAUGCUACCUUUUGUGUAAACAGUCUCGCACAUUAUAUUGGAGAAACUUCUUUUGACGAUUACCAUACUCCUAAAGAUUCUUGGAUCACCGCAAUCGUUACCUGUGGAGAAGGUUACCAUAACUUCCAUCAUGAAUUCCCUCAAGAUUACCGCAAUGCUAUUCUCUGGCACCAAUACGACCCUACUAAAUGGCUUAUCAAGGGAUUGAGUCUUAUAGGUCAAACUUACAACUUGAAAACCUUCUCUGCCAACGAAAUUCAAAAGGGACAAGCUCAAAUGAUGGAGAAAAGGGUCGAUGAACUUAAAAGAAACCUCAAAUUCGGUGUUCCUAUUUUCGAUUUACCAGUCUAUACUAUGGAAGAAUUCAAGUCAAUGGUAAAUACAAAGGACAAGAAAUGGAUUCUUAUGGACGGAAUUAUGUACGAUGUUGAAAACUUCGAUCAUCCUGGCGGAGCGAAAUAUCUUUUUGCCGGUAUCGGUAAAGAUAUGACAAAAUCUUUUAAUGGUGGUAUCUAUAACCAUUCCAAUGGUGCUCGAAACUUGCUUUCUAGUAUGCGUGUUGGUGUCCUUAAAGACUCUAUUGAUCUUGGUCGCAACUAUUCUAAGACUGAGACCUCCAAUGAAAAAUGUGUUGAAUAUGACAAUUCUCUUGAACCGGAAAAAAGAAAGAUAUUGUAAAAAAAAACUUCAUUAUACAACACACUUCAUUAUUAUUUCAUUUUAGCAUUAUAACCUAACCUUAUUAUCAUAUUAAUCACAAAGCUCUUUUUUUUGUGACCUUCUACAUAACCUUAAAUAAACUUACUCUUAAAAAAGAA